ACAUCUCCUCUAUUUCUCUAUUUCUCUAAUUUCACCCCGUUCGCCCGCAACAAUGCCCAGGAUAACUCCCGCAGCCAUCCUGCGCUCAGCAGCAGCCACCAGGCAGCCACUCACCUCCCGUGCAGCUAUCCGGCCCAUCCUCUCGCCCGCUGUUCCAUCACUCCUUGCCACCACAAAAAGGUACCAAUCGACAUCCCAGCAGCCCAACGAACACCCGAAAGCAGAAAACAAAGAACCAGAUCCGAAAUCUACUGAACCCAAGCCCGAGGGUGGGAAAGAGGGAAAGAAGGGGCUCAAAGUGUCUUGGAUAUUCUCCGGCCUCGCAGGUCUCGGAGCACUGGUUACAAUCUAUGGAUUGCUAGAGUUCUAUUCAACCCUCACGACCUGGCCCAAGGAGGUCCGUAAACCCUUGAGAGCUGCGCUCAAGGCCAAGUUGAGAGGAGAUUAUGGUAAAGCAGAGACCUUUUUCAGAGAGGCACUCGAAAUCGCCCUGCAAAUGGGCCCGUCAGCACUUCAGCCUGAACCUCUCCUCAAAAUAUCGGGCAUCUACGUUGAAUUAGCCAAUGUCCUCGAAAUCCAACGCCAACGAGUUUCUGCGUUUGUGGAGCUGCGUACAGCCCUCGAGAUGUUUGGUCCUGAUCCUCUUCGCCGUCCUGGGAUUCUGCCAUUGCCAGAGGCGACGACUCUGGGCGGCGGACCUGGUGGGCAGUGGAUCGGAGAGGGGUAUAGAUUGACCGAGAAGGACCAUGUGCGAGCGAUCGGUCUCUACCAAAAGCUUGGACAGCUGGCUCUUGAGGUUGCUUCUUCGCCGACAGGGUCCACCUAUGCGUCAACUCUAGGAGAGGGCAGUACAGGACAAAUGUUCAAGACAUGGGAUGACGCAGCAGAAUACUAUCUUUCUUCUGCACUUACCUCUAUGUUGCAUCUCGGCCUGCCUGGUUCAUCGCCAACCCCAUCCACAGAAGGACCGGUCAUCCUUGGGCGUGACGUCUCCCUCCCCGAUGCCUUGCCGAGUGAUAAUCCUGAGGAUGUCGACCAAGGUGGCCAAGUUGACAAGCGGGGACUAGGAAUGACUAUGGAGAGUUUGUCGGAAGUUUAUGCGAGAAAGGGGCAGUAUGAUAUGGCUGGGCAACUGCUGUUGCAGGCUAUAUCGUUGCUGCUACCACCUCAAAGCAAAGAGACCCCUCCCAUGAGGGAUAGAUGUCAGGCUGCAAUGUUGAUGACGACCGUCUCCUCUCAUGCCCUUCAUCCUCCCACCCCUAAAUCACUCAAGGUUUCUCGCUCAUGGUCGCUUCGUUCCUUGCAACUUUCCCAACAAGCCCUCGCAGAAGCAGAAGGAGGAUCGUUCAAGGACACGCCGCUUGAGGCUGCAGAAGCCGUAUGCCAACGCGCACGGGCAGUGGGGUUACACAAUAUGGGGAUGCUUGCCGAAAUGGAAAAGGACUAUGCAGGAGCCCAGAAUCUCUUCAAGAAGGCCCUUGCAGCCUCGCGGGAGACAGGUUUCGUUGAAGGCAAGCGAGAGGCUCUGGCUGCUCUGCGUAGAGUACAAAACCUUGCAGGCGAAAGUGCAUAGUAGAGAAAAAAAGAAAGAAGAAAAGGAGGAUGUUGCAUGGAUACAAGAUCAGAAGCUUUACUCAUUUUACAAAAAAACCAUUUCACAAAUGAAUAUAUGACCA